AUGGUUGCGUCACCGUUGGACUCGUCGUUGCCAAUGGAUCCACAUUUGCCCUUGAAUGAAAUGCAGUAUGAUGACUCAAUGGAGAUGACGGAUGACUUAUCCGUUGAUAUUGCUGAGGCAGGUAUCAUUCGACCAUUACAAGGCAAAUUGCAACCAUUCAUUCGACAUUAUCGGAUUCUUGAAUUCUGUAGUGCCGGUGUCUUGUACAUUUUGGCGCUCGUGUUUGCAUUGAUUAAAGUGCACGAACGUCCGAUUCCUGGCAUUAAAGUUCGCUUGAAUGCGACAGAUGUAGUAUGGUCGCUUGACCCUGCAAUUGAUGAGAUGAAGCUGUCGGAAGAAGUUCCAAUGUGGCUUCUGCUAACUCUGGGUAUCGGUUUACCAAUUGCAACAAACAUUAUCGUGAAUUAUGUACUUCCAAUGUUUUGCCAGGUUCGAAUCAUCGUCCACGAUACACGAGACUUUCUGCUCAGUUUGUUUCAGUCCAUGGCAUUAGCCACAUUUUUCACCCUGUUUACAAAAAACAUCACUGGUUGCUUUCGUCCGAGUUUCUACGACAUGUGCAAAUGGAACCACGACGUGGUUUGGGACGGAGUUACCAAUUUGUGUACGGACCCUGUUGGUGAAAAGGAAGGGCGGCAGAGUUUUCCUUCUGGACACGCUUCUUUUGCGUGGGCAUCGAUGCUGAUUCUUGCGCUCUACCUGCUGGGUCGAUCGCGUCUUAACUGCGAGAACCGCAGCGAUUCCACGUUGCGAGGUGGCAAAAAGUCUUUGAUGCUGUUCAUGUGCUGCACACCGAUUCUGCUCGCUUCCUGGAUUGCAAUCUCCCGUUGCAUCGACAACUGGCACCACUACAGUGACAUUCUGGCAGGCAGCGUUAUCGGUGCUGUAUCGGCUCUAUUUGCGUUCAACUACAACUACGGAUCGAUCUUUGGUUGGGAUUCGGCAGGGCUGCCUCUCGAGGAGAUUCACGAGCGUCGCAUGAAUGCGAAGAAAGCCAAGAGAGAAAAUCUCAACCAACCGGCAUUGUGGCAACCCAGUUUCGACCCGCGGUCGCAGAUGGUUAAGCACAUGUCGAGCGAGUACAUCGUCGGCUUGAGAGACUCCGACUUAUAA